GCCCAGGAGCUGCACAGAGAAGCGGACCCGCGGACGCGUGAACGAGGCGGAAUCUUGAGUCACAGCCAUGUUCCUGGUUAACUCGUUCCUGAAGGGUGGCGGCGGCGGCGGCGGGGGAGGCGGGGGCUUGGGCGGGGGCCUAGGGAAUGUGCUCGGAGGCCUGAUCAGCGGGGCCGGAGGCGGCGGUGGCGGCGGCGGUGGCGGAGGAGGCGGCGGCGGUGGUGGCGGAACUGCCAUGCGCAUCCUGGGCGGGGUUAUUAGCGCCAUCAGUGAGGCGGCUGCGCAGUACAACCCCGAGCCCCCGCCCCCUCGCACCCAUUAUUCCAACAUUGAGGCCAAUGAGAGUGAGGAGGUCCGGCAGUUUCGGAGGCUCUUUGCCCAGCUGGCUGGAGAUGACAUGGAGGUCAGUGCCACGGAACUCAUGAACAUUCUCAACAAGGUCGUGACCCGACACCCUGAUCUGAAGACUGAUGGUUUUGGCAUUGACACAUGUCGAAGCAUGGUGGCUGUGAUGGAUAGUGACACAACCGGCAAGCUGGGCUUCGAGGAAUUCAAGUACUUGUGGAACAACAUCAAAAAGUGGCAGGCCAUAUACAAACAGUUCGAUGUUGACCGUUCAGGGACCAUUGGCAGCAGUGAACUCCCAGGGGCCUUUGAAGCCGCAGGAUUCCACCUGAAUGAGCAUCUCUACAGCAUGAUCAUCCGACGCUACUCAGAUGAGGGAGGGAACAUGGAUUUUGACAACUUUAUCAGCUGCCUGGUCAGACUGGAUGCCAUGUUCCGUGCCUUCAAAUCUCUUGACAAAGAUGGUACUGGACAAAUCCAGGUGAACAUCCAGGAGUGGCUGCAGCUGACCAUGUAUUCCUGAACGGGAGCCCCAGACCUGCCCCCUCGUCGCCUCGCUGAGGGAGUCACCUUGGACUCUUCGGUCUCUCCCAGGGCUGAUCUCAUCCGCAGCCACAUCUUCGUGGGUUCUGUGGACCCACACUCCUUCCUGUUCUCCCAGCCGUUGGCACCCAGAUUCUCAGUCAACAGCCAGAGCCCAACAUGCUUCAGCACGCCCUGCCCCGACAGUCACCCCACACCCGUGCACCCAUCUCAUACCCGCUCCAUUAGCCCUCUCUUGCACCAGUGCCAAGCCCAACAUUUUUGUUGCUUCCACACCCCAAGGGCCUUUCUCUCUGUUCUGGGAGGAUCAGUCCAGUCCCUUCACUCCCUGGCACACCCAUUCAGUUACCACCCAGGCAGCCCAACUCCAGGCCAUGACAGGCCCACGUGCCCCAGUGCCUUUGUCUGUAUUCUGCCCUCAGCCUGCCAGGCCCAGGAGGAAAUAAAUGCACCUACUUGCUGCUGUCCUG